AUGGGCGAUGGCGAUGACGCCGAUGCCGCCGCCAUGGCCCAGAUGAUGGGCUUCUCGGCCUUUGGCGCGCAGGACCGACCGCAGAAGAAGCGCCGCUACAACCCCCUCGCCGACGCCGCGACCGAGCACCAGCCCUCGUCGAAGCAGCAGCAUCAUCACCAGCAACAUCGUCAGGGCAACUCUCGAGGCGCCGCGUCCUCGACGGGUUCGAACGCGACGCCUCUCGGGGCGACGAAGCGCGGUGCAGGAGGCGCUGCGUCUGUGCACCCACCGCCGCCGACGACGACGACCAACACGGACGAGAUCUCGCUCGACGACGAUGAGGAGGCCGAUGUCGCCGGCGACGACGCCGCUGUAGCAGCAGCAGCAGCAGUCGAGAGCACGCCCAUCGCUUCGUUGCCUCGUCCGGCCGGGCUGCCAGAACGACCAGCGCCUGGGGUAGGCUUUGUCGGCAUGCCGCCGCGGCGCGGACACGGCGAGCUACCAGAGCAUACUCUGUCUCUUAUACACAUCUAG